CACAAAGGAGAAAAAAAAAAAAAAGAAAAUAAAAAUGGAACACAGCCAGGAGCAGGGGGAACCGGCACAGCCAGUGAUAGCGCUUGCGAGGAUGCUGGAGGGGAUGGCAGCAAUGCAAGAGAGACAGGCGCUGAUGCACGCCGAGCAACUUGAAGCUCUGCGAGCACAGACAUCCCUGCAGACGCAGGCUCUACUGCAGCUGGCUGCUGCGGGAGAAACUAGCUCCCGCGAGCGACAGAACAAACCCCCCGUAGCUCUUCACUUGCCUAAAAUGACCCCGGAGGACGAUGCUGAGGCAUUCCUGGAGGGGUUUGAAGUGGCAGCGAAGGCGAGUCAAUGGCCGGAGGAGGAGUGGGUCGUCCGCCUCCUGCCCCUCUUGACUGGGGAAGCCCAACAGGCGGCGCACAGCUUACCCCCCACCGCGCGGGCUGUCUACCAAAACCUAAAGAAGGCGGUCCUGGACCGCCUGGGGUACAGCCCGGAAGAGCACCGGCGGCGGUUCCGUCAGACGGCUCUGGCAGGAGAGGACCGGCCAUUCGCCUACGCCCAGAGACUGCUGGAUAUGGCCCGACGGUGGCUCCGACCGGAACUCCGGUCAGCCGACGGAGUGGUAGAGCUGGUGACACUGGAACGAUUUAUCGAUGGCCUCCCGGGGGAAACAGCGAACUGGGUGAGGUGCCAUCGACCGACCGGGUUGGCGGCCGCCGUCACCCUGGCGGAGGACCACCUGGCGCUCUACCCCCGCGGCCAGUCCCAGCACCAGCAGCAGCAGCAGCAGCAGCAGCAGCAAGGACGGGCAGACACGGCUCCGCGCCGAAGAGCCCCUCCUCGUUCCCUUCCUCCCCCCCUUCCUUCCUCCCUUCCCCGUGCCCAAACCCCUUCCUUUUCCCGUAACAACCCUUUUUUUGUUUCCCCAGCCCCAGGCUCAGUGGCGGCGGGGUUCGAACCACAGAGAGCUCCUCAGACGCCCGGACCGGGGUGUUGGCGGUGCGGACAACCGGGUCACCUGCGCCGAGAGUGCCCGCUCAUGGAGGUGGGGCAGGUGGUUCGUGUUGUCGGCCCGCCCACCUCCGCUCCCGACCCAGACGGAGCGUACUGUAUUCCGUGAGCCUGGGGUUUUUAAAAGCACGACCGGAAGCCGGAGGGAAGGAGAGACGCGCCGGCGAGAAGACGGC